GAGAGAAAAGAGGAAAGGUGAUCGCGGAAGAGAGUUUUUUUUGUUCUCGCUUUCGAAAUUUCUAUAUAUCUUGUACGUCUCUGUGUCGCGCGGCGUCUUUGUGAGUGACACGAGGAACACGCGAGUUGCUUCACCGCCGUUAACAUCGCCAGGUGCACGGAUACUCCACGGAAUUCGUCUGGACAUUCCUUCCAUCGUUGCUGCCACCGCUGCCGCCCGCUUGGGAGCCCUACCGUGGACACGGUAGGUCUAAUAAGCAAUAGAAUUGAUCUGUGUUCGAUACAUCGACGGAAAAUACGUGUGAAGAAUUUAGACAGUAUGAUGAUGACAAACCUACCCCCUGUUAUGCUGCCACCCAUUACGGACUACGGGAUGCUGACGCCUACUCUCGGAAUAAAGAGGGGUAGUGACGAGCUUCUAUCGCAAAGCGGGGCAGUCAGCAAUGGUGCUUCAAUGAGUCCGCAACCUCAUCACGCAGCUGACAACAACAAUGACGCUAAGAAGGUUAAGCUCGACAAGAGUCACAGCGGCAAACCUUCCAGAGUCAUUCAUAUCAGGAACAUACCUAACGAGGUGACAGAGGCAGAGAUCAUUCAUCUAGGUCUGCCGUUUGGCCGUGUUACCAAUGUACUUGUUCUCAAGGGCAAGAAUCAGGCGUUUCUUGAAAUGGGGGACGAGAAUGCUGCGGCGACCAUGGUGAAUUAUUACGCUACCGGCGUGGCUCAACUCAGAGGCAGAGCAGUCUACGUGCAGUUCAGCAAUCACCGUGAACUCAAGACGGAUCAAACGCACUCCAACAACGCGGUCAGUAGCCCAACAAAUGAUGUCGCCAACACCUCUGAGAAUUCGAACAACCAGGUCGCGAUUGCUGGACAAAAUCAGGUGUCCGGACCUGGCGAGACUCAGGGCGGACCCAAUACCGUACUCCGAGUCAUCGUGGAGCACCUGCUCUAUCCGAUCACUCUCGACAUACUCUAUCAGAUCUUCACGCGCUAUGGCAAGGUCUUGAAGAUCGUCACCUUCACAAAGAACAGCUCCUUCCAGGCACUAAUACAGUACGCGGACAUGCUGUCGGCGCAGACCGCUAAAUUCUCGCUCGAUGGACAGAACGUCUACAACUCUUGCUGCACGCUGCGCAUCGACUACAGCAAGAUGCAAAAUUUGAACGUUAAGUACAAUAACGACAAGUCCCGGGAUUACACUAAUCCGAAUCUUCCGACCGGUGACGCUAGUCUGGAUGCGGCAUCGCUCGCUCUUGGCGGCGAAUUGCUACUCAUGGGUGCCGGUUCUCAACCGCGUGCCAGAAUACCCGGGGCACCGGGUGUGCUGCCCACGCCCUUUGCGAUGCACGGUCUCGCUUCACCCUUGGCCGGGCCUUAUAACGGCGUACCUCCAGCUGGCGGACUUGCCGGCCUCGGCGGAUUCCCUCUUGGUGCGGCUGGUCUAGGUGUCCGGGUCCAAGGAAGCGCGCAAGCAUCGGCUGUGCUACUCGUCAGCAACCUCAAUGAGGAGAUGGUCACGCCUGACGCUCUCUUUACCCUGUUUGGCGUUUACGGGGAUGUACAGCGCGUAAAGAUCCUCUACAACAAGAAAGACUCGGCACUAAUACAGAUGGCCGAACCUCAUCAGGCGCUUUUAGCGCUAACCCAUAUGGACAAGUUAAGAGUGUUUGGAAAGCAAAUCAAAGUAAUGCUCAGCAAACACCAAACGGUUCAAUUGCCAAAAGAAGGUCAGCCAGAUGCGGGCCUCACGAAAGAUUACACCAACAGCACUCUUCAUCGAUUCAAGAAACCUGGCUCGAAAAACUAUCAGAACAUCUAUCCGCCGAGCUCGACCCUGCAUUUAUCAAACAUUCCAGCUACGGUAGCGGAGGAAGAAAUCAAGGAUGCUUUCACUAAGAACGGCUUCACUGUGAAAGCUUUUAAGUUCUUCCCGAAGGACAGGAAGAUGGCUCUCAUACAAAUGCCUAACAUGGACGAUGCCGUGGCUGCGCUGAUCAAAAUGCACAACUAUCAGCUUAGCGAGUCCAACCAUCUCAGAGUGUCAUUCUCCAAGAGCAAUAUCUAACAAGAAUCGCCACCGCACGAGCAGCAAUGGUACCAGCCAUACGCCCUAGUUCCCCUUUGGUCACCCGCUUCGGUUUACGACUGAUGGUCACGUAGUUGGAUCCACUCGGGUGCUCGUCCGUUCCUGCGAGAGUCGCUACGCUAUUGUUGGCCUGCACUGCGCGUGUAACCAAUGCAGAACUGCAUCGUACUCGGACUUUGAAGCAGCACA